UCCGGUCCGGCGGCGGCGCGGCCUGCCUGCUCUCCUCUCCUCUCCUCGCAACAUGUCGGCCCUGGCCGUGGCGACGGCGGCGGCCGCGACGGCGGCCGCGGUGACAGCGGCGCGCACGGAGAAGCCCAGCAGCCCCGCCUCGUCGCGGGGCUUCUACUUCAACACGGUGCUGUCGCUCGCCCGCUCGCUGGCCGUGCAGAGGCCCGCGCCGCUGGAGAAGGUACAAAAACUACUAUGCAUGUGUCCAGUAGAUAUCCAUGGGAUUUUUCAGCUGGAUGAACGUCGCAGAGAUGCUGUGAUUGCUUUGGGAAUUUUUCUAAUUGAGUCUGACUUACAGCAUAAAGAUACUCUUGUUCCAUACCUUCUCCGGCUGUUGAGGGGUCUUUCCAAAGUCCAAUGGAUAGAAGAAAGCAAUUCACGGAAAGGCCGAGGCAUGCUUCCCAUCGCAGAAAACUUCAGCUUCUGUUUGGUAACCUUGUUGUCAGAUGUGGCUUACAGGGAUGCUACCCUGAGAGAACAGGUGUUAGAAGCGAUUUUGCAAGUGAUGCAGGUCCUGUUGGGAAUGUGCCAGUCUCCUCAGAUCCAGGAUAAAGAAUACUUAUGCAAGUAUGCCGUGCCAUGCCUGAUAGGAAUUUCUCGAGCUUUUGGGCGCUACAGUAACUCAGAAGAGUCUCUCCUGUCGAAGCUUUUCCCUAAGAUUACUCCACAUUCCCUCCGAGCCCCAAAUGAGUUGGAUGGUAUCAGAAGGCGCUCUUUUAACGACUUCAGGUCGAUACUUCCACACUCCCUACUGUCAGUCUGCCAGGAAGGAUCUUUAAAGCGAAAGGCCAGCAGUGUGUGCAGCAUCUCACAGGUCAGUCCUGAACGAGGUGUUCCUCCUCCCAGCUCUCCUGGAGGAACUGCUGGGCAAUAUUUUGAAGGGUCCUACUUGCCUGAUGGGAGUGCGGUUGAUCCUUAUUAUUACUUCUCUACAAUCAGUUCCAGCUUCUCAGUUUCACCUCUUUUUAAUGGCAUUAGUAACAAAGAGUUUAACAUUCCCCUGGAAAUGCUCCGUCAGCUGUUGAACAUGGUGAAACAAAUUGUUGGGGACUCGGUUCUGAAAAACUUAGAUGCAGUUGUCACCGAGGUUCUUGAGGCAAAUCCGCAUGCAGAUCUGUUCUACAAAAUGUUCAGUGAUCCUCUGUACGUUGCCCAGUUCAAGAUGCUGAGGGACACAUUGUACUACAUGAGAGAUCUCCCAAAUUCAUUUGUGAAGGAGAUUCAUGAUUUUGUCCUGGAGCAGUUCAACAGCAGCCAGGCAGAGCUCCAGAAACUCCUUCAUGAUGUCGACAAAUUGCACAGUGAGCUGAACCCACUGAAGCUCCGUUGCCAAGCGAGUGCAGCCUGUGUGGAUCUCAUGGUGUGGGCUGUGAAAGACGAGCAAGGGGCAGAAAACCUGUGUAUCAAGCUGUCAGAGAAGCUGCAGUCCAAGACUUCUAGCAAAGUCAUCAUUGCUCACCUGCCUCUUCUGAUUUGCUGCUUGCAGGGUCUCGGCCGCUUAUGUGAGAGGUUCCCUGUGGUGGUGCACUCUGUCAAUCCAUCGUUGAGAGACUUCCUUGUGAUCCCUUCUCCAGUUCUGGUGAAACUUUACAAGUACCACAACCAAUAUCAAACAGGCGGCAACGACAUCAAGAUCAGCAUAACCAACGAGCAUGCCGAGUCCACUGUGAGCGUCAUGUCGGGCAAGAAGAGUCAGGCCUCCAUGUAUGAACAACUCCGGGACAUCGCAAUUGAUAACAUCUGCAGGUGUCUGAAAGCUGGCCUGACUAUUGACCCAGUAAUUGUGGAGGCUUUCCUUGCUAGUUUGUCUAACCGUCUCUACAUCUCGCAGGAGAGUGACAAGGAAGCCCAUCUAAUCCCUGACCACACAAUCCGUGCACUGGGGCACAUUGCAGUGGCCCUAAGGGACACGCCAAAAGUGAUGGAGCCGAUUCUUCAGAUCUUGCAGCAGAAGUUCUGCCAGCCUCCCUCUCCUCUCGAUGUUCUCAUCAUUGACCAGCUGGGCUGCUUGGUCAUCACUGGAAAUCAAUAUAUUUACCAGGAGGUAUGGAAUCUGUUUCAACAGAUCAGUGUUAAAGCAAGUUCAAUUGUGUACUCUGCAACUAAAGACUACAAGGAUCAUGGCUAUAGACACUGCUCUUUAGCUGUUAUAAAUGCCCUGGCUAACAUAGCUGCAAAUAUACAGGAUGAGCACCUUGUGGAUGAGUUGCUGAUGAACCUGCUGGAACUCUUUGUACAACUUGGCCUUGAGGGAAAGCGAGCCAGUGAGAGGGCAAGCGAAAAGGGUCCUGCAUUAAAGGCAUCCAGCAGCGCAGGUAACCUGGGAGUGCUUAUUCCUGUUAUAGCUGUGCUCACAAGACGUUUGCCACCCAUCAAAGAAGCCAAGCCACGAUUACAGAAGCUCUUCCGUGACUUCUGGCUGUAUUCAGUGCUCAUGGGAUUUGCUGUGGAAGGCUCAGGUCUUUGGCCAGAAGAGUGGUAUGAAGGGGUUUGUGAGAUCGCAACUAAGUCACCACUCCUGACAUUUCCUAGCAAAGAGCCCCUCCGCUCCGUUCUUCAGUACAACUCUGCUAUGAAAAAUGACACCGUCACCUCAGCUGAAUUGAGUGAGUUACGAAGCACCAUCAUAAAUCUUUUAGAUCCUCCUCCAGAGGUAUCUGCUCUGAUCAAUAAGUUGGACUUUGCCAUGUCUACCUACCUGCUCUCCGUGUACCGACUCGAAUGCAUGAGGGUACUGCGUUCAACAGAUCCAGACCGUUUCCAGGUGAUGUUUUGCUACUUUGAGGAUAAAGCUAUUCAAAAAGACAAAUCAGGUAUGAUGCAGUGUGUAAUAGCUGUUGCAGAUAAGGUGUUCGAAGCUUUCCUCAGCAUGAUGGCUGACAAACCUAAAACGAAAGAAAAUGAAGAGGAGUUGGAAAGACAUGCUCAGUUCUUGCUGGUGAAUUUUAACCACAUUCAUAAGAGGAUCCGGCGGGUUGCAGAUAAAUACUUAUCAGGCCUUGUAGAUAAGUUUCCUCAUUUACUGUGGAGUGGAACUGUGCUGAAGACCAUGCUAGAUAUCCUCCAAACUCUCUCACUGUCUCUGAGUGCAGACAUUCACAAGGACCAACCGUAUUAUGACAUUCCAGAUGCCCCCUACAGAAUUACCGUUCCUGAUACAUACGAAGCUAGGGAGAGCAUAGUAAAGGAUUUUGCUGCACGUUGUGGAAUGAUUCUCCAAGAAGCCAUGAAAUGGGCCCCUUCAGUCACCAAAUCCCACUUGCAGGAAUAUCUGAACAAGCAUCAGAACUGGGUGUCUGGCUUGUCGCAGCACACGGGGCUGGCCAUGGCCACAGAAAGCAUCCUCCAUUUCGCAGGCUACAACAGGCAGAACACUACCCUGGGGGCCACCCAGUUAACUGAAAGGCCUGCCUGUGUGAAGAAAGACUAUUCCAACUUCAUGGCGUCUCUUAACCUGCGCAAUCGCUACGCUGGGGAAGUGGCUGGGAUGAUUCAUUAUUGCAAUGCUACAGGACGCACGUCGGACCUUAAUAAGCUAAUGGUCAAGCAGCUCAACGAUGCGCUGGAACCAGGCCAGCCAGAACACUACACGCGAGCCAUGUUUAAGUUGACUGCAUUGUUAAUAAGCAGCAGAGACACUGACCCGCAGCUCUUGCAUCACCUCUGUUGGGGCCCCCUGCGAAUGUUCAGUGAACAUGGCAUGGAAACAGCCAUCGCUUGCUGGGAAUGGCUGCUCGCUGCCAAGAAUGGGAUAGAGGUGCCGUUCAUGCGAGAAAUGUCAGGGGCCUGGCAAAUGACCGUGGAGCAGAAAUUUGGCCUGUUCUCUGCAGAGCGAAAAGAAGCAGAUCCGUUAGCCGCCUCAGAAGAGAGUCAGCCCAGGCCGUGUCCGCCAGAGGUUACACCGCAUUACAUCUGGAUAGAAUUUCUGGUGCAAAGGUUUGAAAUUGCGAAGUACUGCAGCUCAGACCAAGUGGAAAUCUUCUCCAGUUUACUUCAGCGAUCUCUGUCUCUCAAUAUUGGAGGAUCCAAGGGCAGCAUGAACCGGCACGUGGCAGCUAUUGGGCCACGCUUCAAGCUGCUCACUCUGGGACUGUCCCUGCUCCAUGCUGAUGUGGUUCCCAAUGCAACCAUUCGCAAUGUCCUGCGAGAGAAGAUUUACUCAACGGCUUUUGAUUACUUCAGCUCUGCCCCGAAGUGUCCAACCCAAGGUGAGAAAAGGCUGCGCGAAGAUAUCAUCCUGUUAAUCAAGUUCUGGACGGCAAUGUUCUCGGACAAGAAAUAUUUAACGGCCAGCCAGCUUGUGCCUCCCGAUAAUCAAGACACACGGAGCAACUUGGACAUCACCGUCGGCUCUCGGCAGCAGGCCACGCAGGGCUGGAUCAACACAUACCCAUUGUCCAGUGGCAUGUCAACGAUGUCUAAAAAGUCAGGGAUGUCCAAGAAGACCAACAGAGGUACCCAGCUACACAAGUACUACAUGAAGAGGAGGACGCUGCUGCUGUCACUGCUGGCUACAGAGAUUGAACGCCUCAUCACAUGGUACAACCCCCUCUCUUCUCUGGAGCUGGAGCUGGAUCAGACCGGAGAGAACAGUGUUGCAAACUGGAGGUCGAAGUACAUCAGUCUAAGUGAGAAGCAGUGGAAAGAUAAUGUGAAUCUGGCAUGGAGCAUUUCUCCUCACCUGGCUGUCCAGCUUCCUACCAGGUUUAAAAACACAGAAGCCAUUGGAAUGGAAGUGACCCGCCUUGUUCGUUUGGACCCAGGAGCAGUUAGCGAUGUGCCUGAAGCAAUAAAGUACCUUGUUACGUGGCACACAAUAGAUGCCGAUGCCCCUGAACUCAGUCACAUCCUGUGCUGGACACCAACAGAUCCCCCCACAGGCCUUUCGUAUUUUUCCAGCAUGUAUCCUCCUCAUCCUUUGACAGCUCAGUACGGAGUAAAAGUCCUUCGAUCUUUCCCUCCGGAUGCCAUUUUAUUUUACAUUCCACAGAUUGUCCAGGCACUUAGAUAUGAUAAGAUGGGCUACGUGAGGGAGUACAUUCUGUGGGCAGCCGCCAAGUCCCAGCUCCUGGCGCACCAGUUCAUUUGGAAUAUGAAAACAAACAUCUUCUUGGACGAAGAGGGGCACCAGAAAGACCCGGACAUUGGGGAACUACUGGAGCAGCUGGUUGAGGAAAUAACCGGUUCUCUGUCUGGGCCAGCAAAGGAGUUUUACCAGCGAGAAUUUGAUUUCUUCAAUAAAAUCACCAAUGUUUCAGCCAUCAUCAAGCCUUACCCCAAAGGUGAUGAAAGGAAGAAGGCUUGUUUGCAGGCUUUGUCUGAGGUCAAAGUCCAACCUGGUUGUUAUUUGCCUAGCAAUCCUGAAGCUAUCGUCUUGGAUAUAGACUACAAGUCAGGGACUCCUAUGCAAAGCGCUGCAAAAGCACCUUACUUGGCCAAAUUUAAGGUGAAGCGAUGUGGAGUCAGCGAACUUGAAAAAGAAGGCCUGCGUUGUCGGUCAGACUCCAUAGAUGAAAGUGGAGAAGACGGUGUGGAAAGCAAGAAGAUCUGCUGGCAGGCAGCAAUCUUCAAAGUCGGCGACGACUGCAGACAGGACAUGCUGGCCUUGCAAAUCAUUGACCUCUUCAAGAACAUCUUUCAGCUGGUGGGCCUUGACCUGUAUGUGUUUCCCUACCGUGUGGUAGCAACAGCCCCAGGAUGUGGCGUCAUCGAAUGCAUUCCUGAUUGUACGUCCCGUGACCAGCUGGGCCGGCAGACUGAUUUUGGGAUGUACGACUAUUUUACAAGGCAGUAUGGAGAUGAAUCGACCCUGGCUUUCCAAAAGGCUCGCUACAACUUCAUCCGCAGCAUGGCUGCCUACAGUCUCCUCUUGUUCCUGCUCCAGAUCAAAGACAGGCAUAAUGGCAAUAUCAUGCUGGACAAGCAUGGGCAUCUCAUCCACAUCGAUUUUGGUUUCAUGUUUGAGAGCUCACCCGGCGGGAAUCUGGGUUGGGAGCCAGACAUCAAGCUGACUGAUGAGAUGGUGAUGAUAAUGGGAGGGAAAAUGGAGGCCACACCCUUCAAGUGGUUCAUGGAGAUGUGUGUCCGGGGAUACCUGGCUGUCAGGCCGUACAUGGACGCCGUCGUCUCUCUGGUUACGCUGAUGCUGGACACAGGGCUGCCCUGUUUCCGCGGGCAGACAAUCAAGCUGUUGAAGAACAGGUUCAGCCCCAACAUGACGGAGCGAGAGGCCGCAAACUUCAUCAUCAAGAUAAUCCAGAACUGCUUCCUCAGCAACAGGAGUAGGACCUACGAUAUGAUCCAGUACUACCAGAAUGAUAUUCCCUACUGAGCGCCGCUCCUCCUGCGGGAGGAAAAGGAGGCUCUGCCGCCACACCUUCGUUCGAGCCUGGACACGUGAAUUCUAGUGUUCCAGUGUACUGCCUCCAAACAAUCCUGUGCGCAUGUGAAUGUGGGUGCCUCCCUUUUACCAGACCUUGGAACAAUCAGCACCUUGGGCUCGGCUCGGAUGGCCGUGUUCUUUGACGGUGCACCUGUCAGCUGCCGUCGCAGACUUACGAUCCGGUUGCCCUGUGAAUGUGAGCAGAAUGGAGGGGUGGGCUAGUUGUCGAGCAAUGCAAGAAUCUUUCCCUUUCCCUUUCCCGGCAAGAACUCAUAAAUGCCCGCUCUGGAAUUCCCGUUCAGAGUAACGAAGAAGCACUAAAUUGCUUGGGACGACGCUGUAGAAAUUGUACUGAUAAUCAUUCGUCAUGGUAGCGUCUGUCGUAACAUGUCGUAUUUUGCACUGUAAAUGAAUCCUGCUCCGUGGUCAGUAUUUCGUACAUACAUGAAGAAUGUAUUUUUCCCCUUUGUGUGGUUUUAAAGAGAGAAACUCUACUGAAGAUAAAUAUAUUUAAUCUAAAAAAAGGAAUAAAAAGACUUUUAGGGUUCCUUA